GCCAGCAAGUGUGCAACAGCUACGUGUGCGUACGUGACACGACUAGAGUCUUAACGCACAGAGACGCACACGACCCUUUACGUGCGUUACGUAGCUGCCUCGCACACCGGCCAUCAUGCCGGCCUUCACAGAGAGCCGCGCCGCCGCCGAGCCGCCGCUGGCCGAGAGCUACCUCGACCUGCUCCGCCGCGGCGGCGGCGGCAUUGCGCCCCCGGGCGAGGGCCGCGUCGCUGUGCAGGAGCGCGAGCUGCCCCUGAUCGACCUCGGGUGCCUGAUGACGACGAGCGGCCAGCAGGGCAGCCGAAGCGCGCGCGAGGCGAGGGCGGCGUGCGCGUACGCCAUGGCGCGGGCGGCCUCGGAGUGGGGCUUCUUCCAGGUGACCGGGCACGGCGUGGGCCGGGCGCUCCUGGAGCGGCUGCGGGCGGAGCAGGCGCGGCUGUUCCGGCUGCCGUUCGAGACCAAGGCCCGCGCCGGCCUGCUCAACGGCUCCUAUCGGUGGGGAGCCCCCACGGCCACGUCGCUCCGGCACCUCUCGUGGUCGGAGGCCUUCCACGUCCCGCUCGCCAGCAUCUCCGGGAGCGGCUGCGACUUCGGCGAGCUCGGCUCCUUGAGGGGCGUGAUGCAGGAGGUGGCGGACGCCAUGUCACGGGUGGCCAAGACGGUGGCGGUGGCGCUGGCGGGGAGCCUGCUGCAGGGGCACCAUGCGGCGGCGGCGGCGGCGUUCCCGGCGGGGUGCGACGAGACGACGUGCUUCCUGCGGCUCAACAGGUACCCGGCGUGCCCGUUCGCGCCGGACACCUUCGGGCUGGUGCCCCACACGGACAGCGACUUCCUCACGGUGCUCUGCCAGGACCAGGUCGGGGGCCUGCAGCUCAUGAAGGACGCCCGCUGGGUGGCCGUCAAGCCCCACCCGGACGCGCUCAUCGUCAACAUCGGCGACCUGUUCCAGGCGUGGAGCAACAACCGGUACAAGAGCGUGGAGCACAAGGUGGUGGCCAACGCCAAGGCGGAGCGCUUCUCUGCCGCCUACUUCCUCUGCCCGUCCUACGACUCGCCCGUCGGCACGUGCGGCGAGCCAUCGCCGUACAGGAGCUUCACCUUCGGGGAGUACAGGAGGAUGGUGCAGGAGGACGUCAAGAGGACCGGCAGAAAGAUUGGGCUCCCCAGCUUCCUCAAGCAACAGCAGCCCCAGUGACUGCCACUGGAGGCCCGGAACGAGAGCAUCAUCUUGUUCCUUCGGCUCGCUGUACAAGAAUAUGCGGGCCUUUGAAGCGUUUGCUUCUUCUUCUUCCUUUCUCUUUUCCUUUAUUCGCUUUAGGUGAUAUAGAUCACUAUAACGAGGACGACAUGCGCGCUUAUCAAAGACAUACGUCGAUUAACUGGUGCAUCGUGGCACAUUUCGUGUACUGCACUGUGCCUGUUUUGCUUUCCAUUUUUCAUUUAUAUUUUCAUGCUUUUUUAAGUGUUCCCAUGAUCACACCGUGGGACCAUGUAUUAGUGAAUAAUUGGUAAAGAAAAGGAAGCAUGCUCAUUUUGCUAUCA